AUGGCUAUCCUCGAAGAUCAGGGCUUUGAGGCCACAGUCGAGGUCAACGGCGUCAAGGCGAUCGAGUACGACCAGGACGACACUCAGGCGCGGGGUUCCCAGGAGGCUGGACAGGCCAUCAAAGUGGUCUCCAAGUAUGUCGAGUCUACUGAGGGGGCUGAGUUCGCUGUGCGCAUCAACCUGGCUCCCAAAGACCCAUGGGUCUGUGGAGCGAAGAUCCGCAGAUACAGAAUACAGGUCUUUGUGGACGGAGUCAAGGUUGAAGGCCGUCUUUUGUCCUUCAAGUCUUCCGAGACUAGCAGAGCCUGGUUCUGUGAAGGGCCUGUAGAGCGUGGUGAGAGGCAAGGAGAGGCUGUUUUGAGGAAGAUGACAUUCGCAGCGGUGAAGACAGACGAGAAUACAGUCAAUUACGGUGACGAAGAUGACUCGGACAGACUCAAGAACUUCGGCCUUAUUGAGGUUCGCAUCCAAAAGGCUACCACCACUGGUUGCCAAUUCUGGUCGAAAAAGAGCUCUGGAACUCUCAAGAGCCAGAGCCUCGUGAUGGCGGAACAGUCCCUGAAGGGCAAAGCUAUUUCGCAUGGCAUGAGCCUUGCUUCGAGCCAACCGGCACGGUCCCCGACGAUGACCCGGAACAGCAGGCUUGUCGGAGGCGCCCCCGAAGGGGUCUUCAAGUUCUACUACCGAUCCAAGAAGGAUCUCCAGCAACUGCUCAUCAUCCCGCGUGAUCCCAUGCCUGCCCCAGCUUCCUCAGGGUUUGACUCCUUGCCUCACCCCGAGAUCCUGCGCCUCGCUCGUGAGAAGUUCGACUCCUUGUCCACCAAUGAGGUCAUGCGUCUCGCCGAUAGGAAGUUCGGCUCCUUGUCCAUCGCCGAGAUAAUGCGCCUCGCUGACGAGACAUUCAACGCCUUGUCCAUGGCUGAUCUCCAGGACCUUGCUCGUGAGAGGUUCCAGCAAAACCAAGACACUUGA